AGCAGCGUGCCGCGAGGCAUCCUCUAUACCGGAAGUUCAGGAGAAGAAGUUUCUCGACCGACGUCGAGUCAAAAUUCUUGGCGCGAGAGGGCUGCACUGCGAGUUAGGUGGCGCGUGAACUGACCGUGACACUGGCCGAGAUUAUUUUGAAGAUUUGUCCGUGUUUCUAGUUGACAUCAGACUGUCUGAAGAUGAGUAAAGUGAUGGAACAAGACGACAUAUCAGAGUCUCCAGGAUCCAGCUGUCCGUCUACAAAGAGUGACCAGUCCAAAGAUCAUCCUCCAGUCUUCAGCGAUGAACCUGGACCCUCAGGCACAAAAGUGAAGAAGAAGAAGAGGAGUCAUGUUACUAUGGAAGAGCAGCCAUCCUGUUGCAUUUUGUGUCAGGAUGUCUUGAAGUAUCCAGUCUCUGCUAACUGUGGACACUGGUUCUGCAGACAUUGCUUUACCUCCUCCUGUCCCCAGUGUGGAAAAAGGUCCAGAACAGGACCUGAACUGCAGACAGCCAUUGCGAGCAGCACUGUACAAAUGGAUGUUUGUCUGCAGGAGGUUAUAGAUGAACAUAAAAUGAGUCUGAGGGAGAGAUGCAAAUGUGUGACUGAAGGAAUUGAUGAAAGAGGAAGUGAAACCCUACUCAACAGCAUCUACACUGAGCUCUACAUCACAGAGGGACAGACUGAGGUUAAUAUCCAACAUGAGGUGAGGCAGCUUGAGACAGCUUCCCAGAUGGAGACCCUCCAUGACAGUCCAAUCAAAUGCUGCGACAUCUUUAAAGCCUUACCUGAACAGCCAAAACACAUCAAAGUUGUUCUGACAAGCGGUGUGGCUGGUGUUGGAAAAACCUUCUCAGUGCAGAAGUUCACUCUGGACUGGGCAGAGGGCUUGGAAAACCAAGAUGUCAGUCUGAUCAUUGAGCUUCCAUUCAGGGAGCUGAACUUGGUCAAAGACGAGAGGUACAAUCUUCUCACGCUGCUCCACGACUUCCAUCCAACAUUACAAAAGAUCACAGCAGAGACACUCGCAGUCUGUAAACCUUUGUUCAUCUUUGACGGCCUGGAUGAAAGCAGACUUUCAUUGGAUUUCAACCACACUGAGGUUAUAUCUGAUGUGACACGGAAGUCAUCAGUCAACGUACUUCUGACAAACCUUAUCAAGGGGAAUCUGCUUCCCUCGGCUCUUGUCUGGAUAACUUCCCGACCUGCAGCUGCCAAUCAGAUCCCUCUGGCAUGUGUUGACAGAGUAACAGAAGUGCGAGGCUUCACUAAUGCCCAGCGAGAGGAGUACUUCAGGAGGAGAUUUAGUGAUGAAGAGAUGUCCGGCAGAAUCAUCUCACACAUUAAGGGAUCCAGGAGCCUCUACAUCAUGUGUCGAAUCCCAGUCUUCUGCUGGAUCACUGCUAAAGUUCUGGAUCACAUGUUGGCCACAGACCAGAGAGGAGAGCUGCCAAUGACCAUGACUGGCCUAUACUCACACUUACUGCUGGUCCAGACUGAGAGGAGGAAGCAGAAGUAUGAUGAGGGACCUGAGACAAGUUCACAAGAGCUGACAGAGGCUGACAGGGAUGUUCUUCUGAAGCUGGGGAAGCUGGCGUUUGAGCAUCUGGAGAAAGGAAACAUCAUGUUCUACCAAGAAGACCUGGAGGAGUGUGGUCUUGGUGUCAGAGAGGCCUCGAUACACUCAGGAGUCUGUACAGAGAUCUUUAAAGAAGAGUGUGCGAUCUUCCAGAAGACUGUCUACAGCUUUGUUCAUCUGACCAUUCAGGAGUUUCUGGCUGCAGUCUACUUUUUCCACUGUUACACAAACAGGAAAACAGACAUAGUUGAUGAAUUCCUUUAUAAUCACGAAGAUGAUGAUAAUGAUUCUGAUCCUGAUUAUUCUCCACCAUUAUUCAGUGACACAGAUGAUGAUGAGGAUGACAACGAUGGAGACAUGGACAAUGGCCGAUCUCUUGAUGUCUUUCUAAGGAGAGCCAUGAACAAAUCCUUAGAGAGUAAAAACGGCCACCUGGACCUGUUUGUUCGCUUCCUUCAUGGUUUCUCUCUGAAGUCAAACCAGACACUUUUAAGAGGCCUGCUGGGUCAGGCAGACAGCAGUCCGGAAAUCAUCGAGAGAGUCACCAAAAACCUGCUGAAAAUGAACACACGUGAUAUUUCUCCUGAGAGAAGCAUCAACAUCUUCCCCUGUCUGAUGGAGAUGAAUGAACACUCAGUAUAUCAGGAGGUCCAAAAGUUUUUGAAGUCAAAGACCAGAUCAAAGAAGAAACUCUCUGAGGUCCACUGCUCAGGUCUGGCCUACAUGCUACAGAUGUCAGAGGAGGUUCAGGAUGAGUUGGACCUGGAAAAGUACAAAACAAAGAUAGAGGGAAAACACAUACUGAUUUCAGCUGUGAGGAACUUCAGGAAAGCACGACUUUCUGGGUGUGAACUGUCAGAAAUACAUUGUAGCACCGUGGCCUCAGCUUUAAGUUCCAACCCCUCCCACCUAAGAGAGCUGGACCUGAGUAACAAUUACCUGGAGAAUUCAGGAGUGGCAAAGCUGUGUGAUGGACUGAAGAGUCCACACUGUAGACUGGAGACUCUGAGACUUGUUGAAUGUGAAAUAACAAGGGAUGGCUGCGCUUCUCUGGCCUCAGCACUGAAGUCCAACCCCUCCCACCUGAAAGAGUUGGACCUGAGUGACAACGAACUGCAGGAUUCAGGAGUGAAGCAGCUGUGUGAAUUUCUGGAGAGUCCAGACUGUAGACUGGAGACUCUGAGGCUUCAAAGCUGUGAACUAUCAUGCAUCAGCUGUGAUGUCCUGGCCUUAGCACUGAUGUCCAACCCCUCCCACCUGAAAGAGUUGGACCUGAGUAACAACAAACUGAAGGAUUGUCACACAGCAGAUUCAAGAGUGAAUCUGCUGUGUGAAUUUCUGAAGAGUCCAGACUGGAGACUGGAGACUCUGAGGGUUGAUGGCAGAAAAAACAGGCCUACAUCUGACCGGCAUGACGGACAUGAAGUACAUUUUGAUUUUUAUGACUUGAGGUUUACCAGUAGAUGACGGCGAC